ACAACAAGAUUCAAAACAUUGAGGUUGGAGUUUUUGAUGGCCUGCAGAAUUUAACAUAUUUGUUUCUUCAAUCAAACAACAUCAGCUGGAUUCAAGUGGGGUCAUUUUCGCAUCUGGAGAACCUUCUAAUAUUAAAUUUGUCAUCGAAUUCAAUUCAGCAUUUAGAGCGUGGGGUAUUCUCUGGACUUCGGUCUCUUCAGUAUCUGGAUUUGAUGUACAACAAUAUCCAGGGUAUCGAAGGAUUUACGUUCGAAUCUCUGGCGUCUCUCCAAUUUCUGUUCUUCCAUGAUUCUGAAUUGGGAGCUAUCGAUCUUAAUGCACUUACUGGUCUCACAUCAAUAGAGAAAAUGUCUACAUCUGAUAAUCGCCUGUGUUGUCUUCUAAACAACAACGUGAACGUCACCUGCGCUAGGACAGCACAGACGAGUCAAUUGGACACAUGUAACAGGCUCUAUCCAAACUGGGCCUUGAGGAUUGCAGGAUGGGUCAUGGGGUUGCUGGCUUUGGGCGGUAACGGGGUCGUUCUCUUUGUUCGGCUACGUGAUAGGAAGAAGCAAAGAUCUACGGUUCAGAACACCAUGAUUGGUAGCUUAGCAAUGGCUGAUAUUAUGAUGGGACUGUACAUGAUCACCAUCACUUCUGCUGAUGUUUACUAUGGUGAUGAGUUCUAUCUCAGUGCUCCUCAAUGGCGGGGUUCCCACAUGUGUCGAUUUGCUGGUUUCAUCGGCUUUCUCUCGAGUGAGGCAUCGGUCCUUACCUUGACCUUGAUCACUGUUGAUAGGUUCAUUAGCAUCAUGUUCCCCUUCGGGAAGCUUAAGAUUCAAUACAAGGGGUCCUUGAUUCUCGUCGGGGCAGUCUGGUCAUUUACCAUAGUGUUAAGUCUGGGACUGGUGAUUGUUACAUCCUACAGACCCGAUGUCUACGGACUUUCCAACGUGUGCCUUGGUCUUCCGCUCCAUGUUGAUCAACAGGACACAGGAAUGCUGGUUUUCAGCGGAGAUUAUAUUGAUGGGUAUCAAGUUAACUACGAGAACACCAACAUAAGUUUUAGACCUCCAUGGUUAUUCUCCAUUAUAAUCUUCAUUGGAUUAAAUUUGGUUUCCUUCGCUUUCAUCUUGGUCUGUUACAUCCUGAUCUUCAUCAAGGUCAGUCGGUCAUCGGCCAAAGUCCUCAACACCAAAUCCAAUAAGCAAGAGAUCAAAUUGGCCUUUCGUAUGGCACUGCUCGUUGCUACCGAUCUCGCCUGUUGGAUGCCAGUAAUCAUCAUGGGCAUCCUUUCUCAAACUGGUGCCGUCACCCUCGAUCCUUCCCUCUACGCCUGGACAGUGAUCCUCAUCGUCCCCAUCAACUCAUCCAUCAAUCCCUUCCUAUAUACCUUCAUCAUGUACAUCGAUGGUAGGGAAAAGAGAACGAGCAAAGGCAGCCAAGUCAACUUACCAGGAGAUCAAACUAACGCAGUGGAAAUCAGCCUCAUGUCAACGGUUACCGACAAUAAGACCAAAGGUCCAAUCUCUCGCGUGUAAGGUAAUGAUGUUUAGCCAUCGCUUGACAAUUGUUAUUAUUAUUUGCUUAUCUUUUCAAAUAUUGUUAUUAACAUGAUGCUCAAUCUUUUUAUAAUGAUAUAUACUAUUUUUCCUGCUAGAUACUAUAUACAUAAAUGAUAUUUGUUUUCGUUUUAUCAGCGCUCUAAUCAGUAUCUGUAAAAGUGCUCAAUUAUUAUAGUUUGUAGUACAAAUCAUAUAUUGUUGGCAGAACACGCUCUUUAUCCUAAAAACAUCUGUCUGCAGAAAGAUUUAAGAUCUGUUGAUGCAAUCUCAGUCCACGAGGCUGGCAGUCCAAUGGACCGUCAACGUCAUACUCGCGGGCCUCCUAACAAAUCAUUGUUUAGUGUCCAAUAGACCGACUCCCCACGAGGCCGACAGCAAUAAUGACCGACAUGUUUUAUGUUCCCUUUGUAUAUUUUUUUUUUUAGGGGGGGGGGGGUGUCUUAAAUUCUUGCUGCUGUCGGUCCCAUGGACCUUUAAGCAUAAUUUUCUCUUGGAUAAUAUUUUCCCAUUGUAUUUUCUUGAUUUUUCGGUCUCAUUGGCUGUCAGUAAAAUGGACUAUGGGCCUCGUGAAUCUUGUUUCAGUGUUGGUCUGGUUGGCUAUCAGUCUAAUUGGCUAUGGUUCUCGUGAAUCUUGUGUCAAUGUUGGUCUCGUAGGUUGUCGGUCUGAUGGGCUAUGGUUCUCGUGAAUCUUGUGUCAGUGUUGGUAUCGAAGGCUGUCAGUCUAAUGGGCUAUGGGUCUCGUGAAUCUUGUGUCAGUGUUGGUAUCGAAGGCUGUCAGUCUAAUGGGCUAUGGGUCUCGUGAAUCUUGUGUCACUGUUGAUCUCGGAGGCUGUCAGUCUAAUGGGCUAUGGGUCUCGUGAAUCUUGUGUCAAUGUUAGUCUCGUAGGCUGUCGGACUAAUGGGUUAUGGGUCUCGUGAAUCUUGUGUCAAUGUUGGUCUCGUGGGCUGUCGGUCUUCUUUGAUAACCUCUGGUCAUUUCUUUAGACUGAUGCAACAUCCAGUAUUGAAAGUGGCUGAUGGAAUGAUAAAGGUCGUGGAGAUAAUUUACUUCUUGAUAUAGAUACAAAUGAAACUGUAACCAUUUCACGUGCCUUCCUAAAUUCUCUAAGGGUGGAAAUUAUUUUCUCAGUCAAUGGUGCGGCACGUA